AUGGAUCCCUGUCUCGUGUAUGAUAUACAGGUGGAAGACUAUAUCAAUAUCUUGUGUGGGUUGAACUAUACAAGAAAACAAAUAAGCGUUAUCACAAGAAGAAUUGAUUUCGCAUGUGAGCAAGCCACUCUCGACGUUAACUUACCUUCGUUUAUUGUCAUCUUGAACAACACUAAUACUACCAGUUACACCUUCAAGAGAGUACUGACCAAAGUAGUUGAUUCAAAUUGUGUCUAUCGUGCGGUGGUGACAGCUCCAUCAGGUAUGAAAGUUGAUGUCAAGCCAGCAACAAUUUCCUUCCUGAAUAAGAGCAGCAGCACCAAGUUCAGUUCGACAGUCGACAUUGAUUUGGGUCUUCGCCCACAGAGUGAUUACAUUGACAAUUAUGGGUACUUAGGCUGGCAUGAGGAAAAUGGAAAGCAUAUUGUGACAAGUCCUAUAGUGUCUGCAUUUGCACCUUAA